AUGAGACUCGUCCUCUUGACGCUGCUCGCCUCCGUGCCGCAUGUGCUCUCAGGAGCCAUCUCGCUCGACGAAGCGACGCAAAAGACCUUCGACUACGUCGUGAUCGGCGGCGGCCUGGGCGGCCUCGUCGUCGCCGGCCGCCUUUCAGAGGAUCCGGGCGUCUCCGUCCUGAGGGACGACCCCGCCGUCAGCGACCCCAACCAGUACGGCGCAGUGUGGGACGAUAGCAAGGACCUGGCGUGGAAGUGGGACACGACGGAGGGGAAGACAAUCUAUGGUGGGCGCGUGCUCGGCGGUUCGACCUCCAUAAACGGCAUGGCGUAUACACGCCCCUCUUCGUCCGAGUUCUCUCCCCUGCUAGACGACUCAGUCGCCUCGGAGCUGCACGGCAGCCGCUGGACCUGGCCGCGCAUGUUCGAGGCAAUGAAGAAGGCCGAGUCCUUCCGCUGGCCGAGCGAGGAGCAGCAGGCGGCCGGCGCGGGCGCAAACGCAGACUAUCACGGCUACACCGGCCCAGUCAGUGUCGGAUACACGUCGCUUGGCGGGAACGCUGGUGGUGCGUUUCUCUCAGCCGCCAGUCACUGGGUUGAGAAGGUUUUCGAUGCCGACGGCGGGGAGGCGGACACGGCCGCCUUCCACCCCCUCACGGUGGACGGGGAGGGACGGCGAUCGGCGUCCACUGCGUAUUACGCAGACAGGGAGAAUCUGAGCCUGCUGGCUAGUACGAGGGCGACGAGGAUCCGGACCGAGUGCCAGGGCUCGAGCCUCAAGGCGACAGGCGUCGAGAUAGGAGACAAGUUUGUGUCGGCGGGGCGCGAGGUGAUUCUCGCCGCUGGGGCGAUCGCGUCCCCCGCCCUCUUGCAGCGCAGCGGCAUCGGACCGGCGUCGGUACUGACCGGCGCCGGAGUCGAGGUCAACCUCGAGCUCCCUGGUGUCGGCGCCGGUCUCCAGGAACAGACCAUGAACUUCAUGACAUGGGGUCAGAAGGGCUCCACGGGCCCGACUGGCUUCGCCAUCGCAUACCCAAACGCUACGGCUUUGUUCGGAGACGACGGCGCCUUCCGCGCCAAAUUGUCAGAUGCCAUCUCGGGCGCCGCCGAUGUCGGAGCCCAGCAUGGAGGCUUCAUCAGUGCUGAGGCUGGGCGGGAGAUCCUCCAACACCAGGCUGAGAUCAUGUACCAGGCUGGUCUGGCCGAGCUGAGUCUGACGCUGAACGACGGGGACGGCACAGUCGGGGCGAAUGUGUGGGCCCUCCGCCCAUUGUCGCGGGGCAGCGUGCGCAUCACGUCCAACGACCCAAGCUCGAACCCGCGAGUAACGGCUGGCUGCUUCGACGCCGAGGUCCAGGUCGCCGCGCUCAAGUUGACCCGCUCCAUCUUCUCGGCCGACCCUCUUUUGGGGCUGGUCGACGCCGAACGCAGUCCCGGCGCCCAGUUGUCGUCUGAUCCCGAUCUCGAGCGAUGGGUCCGGGAUAACUAUGUCGCCGUCGCGCAUCCCGUGGGCACAUGCGCCAUGCUCCCCAAGCACCUCGGCGGGGUCGUCGAUGCCAGCUUGACCGUGUAUGGGACGAGCAAUCUGAGAGUCGUCGAUGCCUCUGUGCUCUCCUUCCAGGUGAGCGCGCACCUCAUGGGCGUGCUUUAUGGCGUGGCUGAGACGGCGGCGGAUAUUAUCAAGAGCGGGCAGAGGUAA